AUGACCUCAGAAGUCAGAAAUGUUUCUCUUACUGUGAGUGAGUUCAUCCUCUUGGGCUUUUCCUCCCACUGGGAAAUACAGCUCUUCCUCUUUUCCAUAUUCCUUGUGACAUACAUCCUGACCCUCCUCGGAAACAUGGCUAUUGUGUGUGCUGUGCACUGGGAUCGCCGACUCCACACCCCCAUGUACAUGCUACUGGCCAACUUCUCCUUCCUGGAAAUCUGCUACGUCAGCUCUGAUGUGCCCAACAUGCUGGUCAACUUCCUCUCCAAGACCAAAACCAUCUCCUUCACUCAGUGCCUUCUCCAGUUGUACUUCUUCUUCUCACUGGGCACAACAGAAUGCUUAUUUCUCUCUAUCAUGGCCUAUGACCGGUUCCUGGCCAUCUGCCGCCCACUGCACUACCCCACAGUCAUGACUGCUAAAUACUGUAGCAGCCUGGUCAUCUUUUGCUGGGUGUAUGGCUUUCUCUGGUUUCUAAUUCCAGUGGUACUUGUUACCCAGCUGCCAUUUUGUGGCCCAAAUGUAAUUGAUGACUUUCUGUGUGACCUGGGUCCUCUGCUGCUUCUGGCUUCAGCCUGUGUCCCUGUCCCAGGGACUGUUCUCAUAUGUGGUACCAUGAGCUCCCUUCUCAUCUUUGCCACUUUUGCCUACAUUAUUGGCUCAUACACCUUGGUGCUCAGGGCCGUCGUGCAGGUGCCCUCAGCUGCUGGCCGGAAAAAGGCCUUCUCUACCUGCUCUUCACACCUGGCUGUAGUGUUUCUGUUCUAUGGAUCUGUCAUGAUAACAUAUGUGAGCCCAGGGUCGGGACAAGCAGAGGGCAUGCAGAAGUUCACUACUCUGUUCUACUCUGUUUUGACCCCCUUUUUCAACCCCCUGAUUUACAGUCUCCGGAAUAAAGAAAUGAAGGCUGCCUUAAAGAAAGUGCUAGAAGGUUCCUAA